UAACUAGAACUGAAGGCUAUCCUCUUGUUCAACACCUUGUAGAUUUGGGGAGGCCGCAUGGCCGGCGAAGCAGCCCCAGAGGUGGUGCUUGAGACGACAAUGGGACAAAUAACGGUCGAGUUGUACCAAAAGCACGCUCCCAAGACGUGCAGAAACUUCUUGGAACUGUCGCGGAGGGGGUACUACAAUGGCACUAAGUUCCACCGAGUGAUCAAGGAUUUCAUGGCUCAGGGCGGGGAUCCCACAGGGACCGGACGAGGAGGCGAGUCCAUCUACGGAGCCAAGUUUGAGGACGAGAUAACGCGGGAGCUGAAGCACACGGGCGCCGGCAUUCUCUCGAUGGCCAAUGCUGGGCCCAACACCAACGGCAGCCAGUUCUUUCUCACCCUCGCCCCCACUCCCUGGCUUGACGGCAAGCACACCAUAUUUGGCCGCGUGUCACAUGGAAUGGAGGUGCUGAAACGGCUGGGCAACGUGCAGGCAGACAGGACUGACAGGCCCAUCCACGACGUGAAGAUAAUUAAGGCAGUUCCUAGGGACUAAUCUGUAGCAUUCCCAUACUUCCGUGAGAAAAUUACCACAAAAUUAGCAUUAGUUGCCAAUAUUGGCUAUGUUUACAAAGGCUACUUUGAUACUUUCAGAACGUACUUAUGCUUUCACUUUGGUUGAGAGUACGUCUGACAGUCAGAGAGCGUUUGCCGUAACGGGAACAGCCAGAGUAAAAUGCUAGACACCUCCCAGAUUAUUUAUGGCCAGCUCUAGUACCUGUUUUCAUGGCGCCAUCGGCGCGCUCUGUCGUCAGGGCUCGCUUGCUCCUGCCGUCCAACCCCUCCGCCAGUUACGCCGAGUACACUUGCCGCGUCGCAUUCCAGGCCCAUUCGCGCAGUCCUGGUGUGUGUGACGCGUACAUUGCAUCUGGACGUCAGGUGUUUCACUGCCAGGUGCCCAUAGGCCAAGAGAAUCUGUUGCAACAGGGCAAGGCGCAGGUGCUUCUGCCGCACCCUGUUCAGGACGUCACCCCUACCCCCAUCCCAUCGCUGCGCCACGCCUCUCUCAUCCAGAGCCUCGCUUCUGCUCCCCUGGAGAUCACUCAGGGGGGUGCUGCUUCCACGCUCCUCUCCUCUGUGGACUCACUCGGUCGAACCAUCCUCUCCACCUUCCCCUCCUCCUCCUCGUCUGUGACACCUGACUCCAGCUGCCAACUCUCCCCAUCUCCCUGUGGCUUCACCGAGCCCGGUCCAUGCUGCUCUGCCAUCUCUGUCACAGCGCCAACCACCAUCCGGGUGGCCACCUCCCGCUUCUUCCCCCGCUCUCUAGACCUCCAUGACCCCUCCUCCCCCUCCCCCUCGUCCCCCCUGCGAACAUUCCGCCUGCCCUUCCCCCCUGCUGCUGUGGGCUUCCUGGGGGGAACUGAGGGGGGCAGAAGGGGAGUGAAGAGGAGAGGGGGGGAGGGGAUAGAGGAAGAGGGCGGAGUGGGGGGGCUUCGUCUGCUGGCUGUGUGUGAGGGGCCUCAGGUGU